CGGAGGAGGAAUGACGAAUUUAAACAAGCUCAAGGUGGUCGUCAUUGGCAGUGCCAAAGUGGGCAAAUCAGCCGUCACGGUGCGUUAUCUCACGAAGCGUUACAUCGGCGAGUACAGCUCAUCGAGAGAUUUCCUCUACCGGCACAGCGUCACCUACGACAACAUUGCGACCGAGGUAGAGAUCAUGGACACAUCCCGAUGUGAUAAACGGGGCUGUCUGUACGAACACCUGCGCUGGGGUGAUGCCUUCGUGGUCGUUUACUCGAUCUGUGAUAAAGCGAGCUUCGAGGACGCGGCGGACUACCUGCAGCAGCUGACGAAGCUGAAGCUUCCCUCCUACUACACGCUGCUACUGUUGGGCAACAAAAGUGAUCUCGAUCAUGCUAGGGAAAUAUCCGUGAACGAUGGGCAGGAGCUGUCGUUUCGAUACUCGUGCCAGUUCUACGAGGUAUCGGCCGCAGAAAACUUUGCCGGCGUAUCGCUCGCUUUCCACUCGCUGAUCCGUGAGGCUCGGUCGACGCAGCUGUUCCGGGCGCUGCCACUCCGCAGGAAGCUCGGCGUCAACAGUGUCUCGAAGGCGCUCGGAAACAUCUUUGGGAAAAACAGUAAAGGCGAACGAAAGAAGCGACCGUCCCUUAGUAUUUGACGCUCCCCAGAUCAUGACGUCCGAUGUGCCGCGGCCGGACCAACUCCAGCGUGACGGCAUGAAGGGCCGCCCGAAUUCCGAUUCCGUGUACAUAGUUAUCCCAGCCGACCGGAGAAGACUGCAGCAGCUGAGGGUUCUUGCAGCCUGUGGCGCUUGUAUAGCAUUUUAAAAGGAUAAUUCUAACGCUAGUAAUAUCAGCCAUUCCUGUUUAGUACGUAAGCCAGCUGAGCCGCACGGAACGAGUGCUCGAUCCGCCCAAACCCAUACUUUUACAGUGCACCUUUGGCAAUUAGAAGGUGCAUAACGUUCCUAUAGAAUUACU